ACCCCCAAAUGACCAUCUCUCACGUCUCUUCAUUUCUUCCCUUUCCUUGAUCUUCUUCAAUCGAUCAAUACGGCCACAAAGAAGAUGAUAAGUUUCUUCUUCCUUUCUCAGCCAAUCUCCAUUCUUAGUUCUCCCAUUUUCAUAUUGAUCUUCCCUAGCUUUGGAGUACUGUGGCGGUUUUCUUUCUUGUUGUUUAACCUUAAACAGAAGAAGACCCAUGAGAGCAUCAAGAACAGACUCGCUCUCGUCAUGAAGAGUGGGAAAUACACCUUAGGAUACAAAACCAUCCUCAAGACCUUGAGGAACUCUAAAGGAAAUCUAUUGAUUAAGCUUUCUUGUUUUUGUUACUGAUCUGAUCUCUAGAUUUUGCAUCGAUUGAUUCUAGUAUCUUUUUUUUUUAGUUGAUUAGUUGUAUUUGUAUCUACUUGGAUGAUUAUUCUGAUCGGUUCUUUUUUUUUUUUUCUUGUGAAAGGUAUCUGAUGAUUUUGUUUUUUGCAACUGUUCAAGCAAUAGUAAGAUUACUUUUAUUGGAUUAGAGUGUUAUUUUGUAAUUUAAUUAUUUUUUAAGAUUUUUAGGUUUAGAAGUGGUAAACAUAUUUUAAAUUUUUCUUUCUUUGGUUAAUUAGGUUUAAAACCGUUCAAGCAACAGUAAGAUUACUUCUAAAAUGAUUUAAUAUAUGUGAAUUAUUACCUAGUUGUGGCCAUUUUCAAUACGUAUUCCUACCACAUAGGCCAAGAAAGACCAAUCUAAAACUCUACUUUUGGCCAUUAAUCAUAUGCCCUUUAAUUAGUUUUUUUCUACACUUGGAAGUAGAUCACAAUCAUUCUGAGAAUGGGAAGAUUGGAUUUUUGUCUGUAAAAAUUGGAUUGGAGUAUUCUUUUUCAGGUUAUAGAAAGUGAACAUACGAGAAAUUAGAUAUUGAUUAUAGCUGUAUUGGUUAUGGAGUUGUUUGCUAUUUUGCUUUGUAAUAUGGUUAUGUUGUUCAAAUCAGAUUCUUGUUUUUGAUGGCUCUAUUGUAAUAAUUGUUUUUGAGCCAUAAGAACAACCAAGAGAUAUAUUGUUCUCUUAUCUAUGUAAUCAAGCAAAUCACAAGCACCAAAUAAUGUGUAGGAAAUUGAUGGUUCAAGUUCAAGCUUUAGUCAACUAUUUGGAAUUGAAGAAUUACUUGAAUGCUCAGUAUUUUGGUGAGAUUGGUAUUGGUGCUCCCCCUCAAAAGUUUACUGUUGAUUCAAAUUUGUGGGUUCCAUCAUCCAAGUGCUUCUCUGUGGCUUGUCUAUUACAUUCCAAGUACAAGUCAAAGCGUUUGAAUACUUAUAAAAGAAUGGUCAGUACAAGUCCUAAACCCUAAAUCCUAAACCAUCUUGAUGUCUUUCACAGGGAGCUAUAACUAAACAAAUGACUAGAAUAGAAGAAAUGGUUGCAAGUGAGUACAAUUAACUAGACCCUCAUCUUUGUGACAAGAUCUUGAAGUUGGUCAUUUGUGGAGCGUUUUAGUUAGCUAUUGGUUGCAGUUUUAGUUAUUGCUCUCUCAAUAUAUUCUUUUUCUUUCUUUCUUUCUUUUUCUUCCUUUCUUUCUUUCUUUUUUUCAAAGGAUGAUCAUUGUAAUACUUAAAUUUCAUAAUUUCUGUUUUUAGAGCCAAGCUGUAUAUAUAAAUGUACACAAUAUUAAGAUUUCAUUUUUUAUAUGUACAAGUAAAAAAUUUCAUUUUUAAC